AUGAAUUCCAAAGUAUAUAACGCUAUCUACGCAGCCUUUGCGCUCGCUUACCUGAUUGCCCCAGCGCUCCUAUUCAUCCCUGUGAUGCUAUGGGAGGCUUCUCCUAUGCCCUCUGCAUUCUGCAUGGCCAAAUCUGCUAAGAGAAGACGCCCCUCCAUGGCGGGAGUGGGUGCAACCCCAUUUGUUGUUGUAAGACCAGACGGCGAAAAUCAAGUCGAAGCUCACAAAAAUGUGAUGCCUCAGACAAUCCUUGGCAUGCUGUCAAACUGGCUAGGCUCUUUGUGGUCUACUGGUUCGCAAACAACGGGAGAACCCUCAGGUAGCUUGUUGAGUAAGCGCCACGGAGGUAUCCCAGAGCAUAUGUUCGUCGAUGAUUCCUCUUCGGAGGCGGAAGACGUUGUUUGUGUAGGAAAGUCGAGCGUGUUCUUUGGAGCAGGGCUUCGGGGAUAUGUCCCUCACCUCCUUCCUUUGCACAAGUUGGGACGUGGCAUCGCUACAAUGGUGUUCCCAGUUAACGGCGUGGCUGGUACCUGUGGGGAAACCCACGCAGACCUCGACGGGGGUGUGUCGAGUGAGCUUGUAGACGAAUGCGAUGAAUCUGAGGUCAGCGUACGACUCAGAUUCAUCUGUGACAGAUUUUUCUCAGAGGGUUUUGCAAAGCCAAGACUCUCUGCUAGAUUUAUUGACGCGAUGUUGGAAGAGGAGCUCAACGACUCUGCCAACAAAGCUCAUCGCGAUUCAUUGACUGAAGUCGCUGAACCAGAGUGCGGCUUGGUUCCCAAGUCAGCUGAAGAGACUCCUGUCCAAAGACAAGAGUCCGUUCAGACCCCAUCGGGUUUGGAUAAUGCUGACUUCGUGGUUCCAAAGCCAAAGUUUGGGACAGUGGAAGGCCUCAAUGAGGCGUUCGCUCUAUCGUCUUGGCAAUCGGCCAAUGGAUUUUUUGGUGAAUGUCUCUCCACAGGACUUCCCACACCGAUGGAGAUUGACGACGACCUGGCUUGGAGUGAAGUCAUGGAAGUUGAAAUUCCCAUGGAGAUUGAUGAUGUUGCUGAGGUGAUGGUGCUUGAUGCUAAUUGUGGCGAAAAGCUCAUGGCCCACACCUACAAUCCAACGGUUACCGAUUUGCAGUACGUCUCCCAGUCUGCAAACAUGGAUUGUGAUACGAACGAUCUUCCAGCCUGCGUACCGCAGCAGGCUGCAGACGACAAGAUGGAAGACGACACAGAAAAAAUAGUGCUAUCUGGACCAUCCUCUCUGAAGAAGUACGAUGCACCAAAGCCUAGACAAAAGGUAGGUGCCGACGAGGUCAAAGGUAGCAAAGAGCCUUCAAUGGCGGUCCCCCGACCAAAAGAGAAGAGCUCGAAACUUCCUCGACCUGCCAGUCAAAAGGCCAUUGAGGAAGCAAAGGCCGCAAUCGAAGGGCCAGAAAGCAAGGUGGCUUCGGCCUCUUGUGAUCUCCCUUCACAGCUGCCCAAGUCACUUUUUGGCCUUCGCACCGAGCGGGCAAAGCUUGUGUCAAGCCUUGCUUCCGAAGUGCCUGAACCAGUUACAACAGCCAGUUGUGACAAGGGAAAGGCCCCAAAGAAAAAGGCCAAGACACAGGGGUCAACUGCUACCCCAGCUGCCCAGGUCUCUGUUCCUGUUGCUGCACCCAGCAGCAAAAAGGAGGAGAGUAUCAAGGAAUUCAAGUCAGAUCUUCCUUCUGCAUCUCGCGGCAAGAAAGUGAAGACUUCCGGCGGUGAUGAGAAGGCCGAUCUAGUUAUCGAACCCAUCGGUAAAGAGAUCGGAGAACCUCAGAUCCAGCCAUUCCCAGCUCGCAAUCCUGCGUCAAAGCCGGCAAAGUCUUCGAGCAAGGGAGGAAAAGAGGUUCCAAUGAACCUAUUGAAGUAUGCGCUCCGAUUCAAAGGCGCCCCAACAGUCAACAAGGAGGUUCUUGUUGACUUCCUCUCAGGUCUGAGGCCGAGAUCUGUGAGUGGUGGUUUCUGUACGAGUAGGGCUUCCAGAGUCCUUGAUUCUGGGUUGUUUUUGGGCCACGGUGGUCCUGUUGGCUGGUCUGGUCUGACAAUCCCAAGAGGUUUCGGGAAAACGAGCCAAGAACAUCGGGUUCCUACCAAGAUUGGCGAGGGUUUCCCUCACAGACAUGACGGUAUAUCAGUCAUUAUGAUUGCUACUAGUCCUUAUGUCUGGACUCAAAUGAUGCGUACAAAUGCAUGUCCAGACAGUCGCAGCUAUUUUGAGAUGGCAAAACCAAAAUUAAUCUGCGCAAAAGGAUGCGUUUUUAAGACUGAUCGAUUAGCAUCACGCAAAACCUGUGGUCAGAGUCCUAGCCACCCUCAUUUGAGGAGGACUCUGAUUAAUAUGGUCUGCAGAUUACAGUUAGCAACUGGAAAUGCGUACACUCAAGAAAAUAAGACCCGAGUCGAAGGGCAUUUACGCACACUUUCAGUUGUGAAGGAGAAGCAAGGUUACAUUCGACAAACCUAUCCAAACCAAGUCGAGACAAGUGCUUACAAGCCGUAUUCAUGGAAACUCAUAGAGAGUUCAGUCCAGUACCAAAACAAUAUUCUCGAAACAAAAUCAGAAAAGCAAAGCUGA